AACUUAACACUUGUGUUACUUCUGCUUUAAUAAGCUCACUAUCAUCGACGCCAUCUCCGAACGGGGACGUCCAUCGUUUUUUUAGCAGCAGAAAUAACUCACAUCCCACAAGUUCACUCGGGAACGACAGUAUAACAUUGUGUUCGUUUAGUACUUAUCUCUGCGACAGAGCAGUUUGGAUAAGGAAGUGAAUUAUCCUCUCGCGAAGAAGCGAAGCUAGCUAACUGUUAGCUUGUGACGUUGUUAGCUAAAGCAACUUGGCUGCGGAGGAAUCUCGCAGUUUGUUUAUGUUUUCGCCACUUUUAAGACAUGUUGGACGGAUCAACGGCGCACAGCGAUGAGGCCAACAUCGGCAACGUCGAAAACAACAACCCGAUAUCGUUGAUUUCCAGCAGCGAUGGGGUGAACACGGGCAACAAAACGAGGCAGGCGCUGCUGAAGAAAGGAGGGAGGAAGUUGCGGUCGGUGGCGCCGCUGCAUCACCAGAAACCCCCGAGAAACGGCCUGAACAUCCGCCUGUCCGAUCACAACAACAACACUUUGACGGCUUCAUCUGCCAACAAACCCGCAGCACAGCCCGGCACCGAGCCCUCCGCCAACGCACAGACCGCACUGAGCCUCCAUCACCUCAAACAGGGAGCCAAGAAGGAGCUGCUGAAAUCCAAAGGAGGCAGAGUGGAGCGGAACAUCAUGCAGCCAGGGGGCCCACCUGCCCGCAACCUGCCCAGACACGAUCAGAUCUCCCAGAACGCCGGCACACGGAGCCACAAGCCUAAGCAGGGCCAAACCCCGGCUGCUUCUCACGCCGCAAAGAAAAAGGAUAACAGCGGCUCUCCUCUCCAUCAGCCUCCGCUCCGAGAGCACAAAAAACCCCUCCACACCUCCAACAACGUGAAGAUCGUGAACGCACCGCCCGCUGAAGCUGCGCCCGAAUACCUCAAAGAUGGCGACAAGGUCUACGCUGGGGCUAAGUUCAGCGAGCCGCCGUCACCCAGUGUCUUACCGAAACCGCCCAGCCACUGGGUCGGAGAAAACGAGCCACAGCAGAGCAACCAAAGCAGAGAGCAAAUGACUUUUCACCUGAAGUCGCUGCUGAAGGUUCAAGAUCAGUCGUGACCGCAGUCCGGAGUUUCACCCUGGAGCUCACCUGUCUGGUUUCUGAUUCCGCACUGAAUCCCAACUAUUGGAAAAAUAGUGUUGGUUUGAAUUGAGUUUGGCCUGUAACACACUGCAAUACGAUGUAGGGAGUUUUUAUUAACUGUGCUACAAUUUCCCAUAAUUCAACGUGCUGCCUGCAUUUGUGAACAUUGUGGAGACGCCGCGUCGUUGCUGGAGAGCCGACGUGCUGUGUGCUGGCAUGUUUUCUGCCUUCUGUUCGGCAGGGGAAAGGAGGAACAAUACUUCCUGUCACUGCGCUGUGAGCAGACUUGACUGUGAAUGUAAGGCGGCGUUUGGAGGUCGCCUCCAGCAGCCACGCGCUCGGCGUCUCAUGUUUACACAAAGUGUCGACGGCACUUUUCUUUGUGAACACUUUUGAAAAGGCAGCCUCGUGUUGAUCGGCUUUUUAAAGAGCUUGUGUAAAUGUACAUAAUAUAUUGUGACAUAUAUUUGUGUAUAUUUUUCCUUGUUAUUUUAACUGAGAUUCUAGUUUUGUUACUGAGGUUUUUCCAAAAAGCCAACUGAGGCACUUUGUCACAGCUCCUUCAGUGUGAGGCGCGUGGACGAAAGGAAGACGUUUCUUACUGAUUUGCACUGAGGAGUAAAAUCAGGAAGGGUGGAGAAACCGAAUUUUGAUGUUCCAAAGCUUGACCAGCCACUUUGAUGAAUUCAGCAGCCAGCCUUAGGAGCACAGCGGAGGACUUCCAGAUCCUGGCUGGUUAGCUUUCAAAAUAGCUCCGACGGCGGACUGAUCGGAAAGCCACAGUAAGAAUUCACCAGCUGAUGGCUGAAGUUCUGCUCCCUUCCUUGAAGUCGGGUCCACCUGGAGGAAAGCUGAGGGUGGAGUCCGGGACUGAGAGGCUGUUGAAGCCUCAGCGAACUGGAGAAAGAUGACGAUGUGAAAGGCCUCACAAGCCGCCGCUGCAGAAAGCCAGUAUCCAGCAUCCACACUGAGUGCUUUUUCUUGUUUAACUCUGUUGCACUGACUUAGAGUACGUUCACAUCAAGCCAGCUACAUUUAAAACGCCGUCUUUUGUUCGCCUCAGGCACAGACGACUCCAGAACAGCACCCAGAGCGAGUGAAUGUUCCAGUGUGGGGUCUCAGACAGUGUUGUUAGCCUGCCCGGCCACAGGUGGGGAAUUCAUGGCUGUGAGAUUUAGAAGACAAUCUUUUGUCUCUUCUGGCUGUCCCUGUGAUCACUUAUUGUACAUGUCUCCUUCGCAGCUCUUGUCACUCGCCUGUUUUUGUCAGGAGAGCUCAUGAUUGCAGUUAGUCGAUGAAGUAAUUCACUGAUUGCCAGAAAAAUGACGUGCAACUAUUUUCAGAGCUGAGUCAGUGUCCAAGCAGAAAAGUCAAACAUUUGCUGCUUCCUGCUUUUGUCUGCUUGGCAACACUUUCAACUGAAAAUGUCUGAAUUUUGGCCUGUUGAACGAAACGAGACAUUCGCCAUUUAUUGGCUUUUUAAUCAGUUUUCUGGCAUUUUCUAGAAUAGAAAAAUGAUAGCAAACAGUUGAUCUGUCAGUAAUGAAACUCAGUUGAAGCUUUAGAGGUUGUCAUUAAUUGGAUCUUUACUCACAGUCAUAAAAUAAUGAUUUAAUUACAGCAGAGCACAUUAAAACGCAGUGAUGAACUCAUUACUGCGUGCUCGUUCUGUAGUCGGGCAUUAGAAGCUUGUGUAGAAGCCAGACGUGUUGCUUUCACACACAGGCGGCGUUUUACAGGUCGUACGGCUUCAUGUGGACGUGGUCUCACUUUGUUCUGGUUCUUACAGGGGACUUGUUUCCACAUUUAACAUACCUCCUCUACCUUCUCCUCGGCCCAAGCCGCUUCAAAGCACGUUAACGUAUGCCGAGAGUACAGCACGUGUUGAAGGCGGCGCAGGUGAUCGCUAAAGUCGCAUGUCGGGUUUGUUUUAUUUGAAUGGUUUGUGUGGAUGCAGGCAGCUGCUGGAUCCCGUUUCUUGACCUCUGUGACGUCAUGUGUAUGGAAAAAUUGUAUUACUGUAGCAAAGGCUGCCCAUUUUAUUGCAGUGUUUUGAAAUCACUUCAUUCCAGUCAUGAGAAUAUGCCUACCAACACCUCUCCAUGCCACAAUUUGGAAUAAGACAAAUGUUUAUUUUAUGAAGCUUUUCAUAUCUAAAUUAAAAAUGAUAUUAAAAUAUUGGUUACCCCUA